AUGGAGCACCUCACGUGCUUCGUCCCCGGCAACCUCAUGCUUGGUGCACGCACUCUACCACGGGAUCGUGUCGAUCCACGCUGGGAGAAGUGGGCCCAUGACAUAACCGAGACCUGUCAUCAAAUGUACGCACGCUCCAAGACUGGGCUCGGACCGGAAGUAGCGGAGUUCAGACUGAAUGCUCCCAAGGGAGAUGACAUUCCCCGAGAUGCCCACUACAUAUUGAGACCAGAAACCAUAGAGAGUAUCUUUUAUAUGCACUAUUUUACUGGUGAUCCUAAGUAUAGGGUCUGGGCUCACGAUAUGAUGACUGCACUCAACAAGCAUGCGAAGGCCCAGUAUGGCUAUUCUGCGGUUUUCGACAUCAACCAAGUGCCAGCACGACAGAAGAAUGAACAGGAAUCCUUCUUUACCGCGGAGACGUUGAAGUACCUCUACUUAACGUUAGCUCCACGGCAUGCCCUCAAUCUGGAUGAGUAUGUUCUGAAUACAGAAGCCCAUCCACUUAAAAUUGCCAACCACUGA